GGUGCUUGCGCCGAAUGCAAAUCAUCGAACUCUUUAAAAGGCCCCUUGCUCACCCAGUAUCGGCUCAGAGUUGUGGUGUAUAGCGCUGAGGUGCCACGUGGCAGUCCACGUUGUUUGCUGACCAUCGAUAGUUCGAUCGAUCGAUCCAGGGUACAGACCGACGCGAUCCACUGUGGGUCGCCAAAGAUGGCGCUCCUUUUGCGGCACAUGUACGAUGUGUAUCACGAGUUUCUGAUAGAACGGCGCGAUAUGCGCAGUGUCAAUCUACCGUUGGGCGGAAGUCCCUGGCCGCUCGCAUCCUUGCUAGCGCUCUAUCUCUACGUAGUGCUGCACGCCGGACCACGCUUUAUGGCACACAGAAAACCGUACGAUCUCCGGCAAGUCAUACGAGUGUAUAACCUUCUGCAAGUGGCGGCGAAUAGUGUUCUGUUUUGCUGGAUUGUUUUUAAGCUGUUUUUCGUAUACCGUGAUUACAACUUCUCCUGUCAGCUGGUCAACUAUACAACGGACUUCCGCGGCAUGGAAGAGAUGUAUCUGAGCUAUUCGUACUUUAUGCUCAAGGUAGUCGAUCUGGCCGAUACGGUGUUCUUCGUCCUGCGGAAGAAGCAAUCUCACGUCUCAUUCCUGCACGUGUACCACCACACGGCGAUGGCAGUUGGGACGUACUUUGGGCUACUGUUCGUUCCCGGUGGCCAUGGUAUCAUGCUCGGCAUUUGGAACACGCUAGUGCACGCGGUUAUGUACUUCUACUACUACCUCUCGUCGUACGGUUCCAAGUACAGCGCGUGGUGGAAGCACCACCUCACGCGCAUGCAGUUGUUACAGUUCAUUCACCUGGGCAUACACUUUGGUGUGCCGUUGUUCUUUAACCGCAACUGCAAGUAUCCACGCUUCUGGAUGGGGAUCGGCUUCCUUCAGGCACUCUUCAUACUGAGCCUCUUCACCGACUUCUACAUCAAAUCGUACAUUAUAAAGCGGAAAAAGGCGUAGACCAUGGCCAUCAUGAUAUUGAAAAAGAAACGAAGACAAAAAAAACGUACAAAUAUCACGACCGUGUUAACAGUGUCACGAAAAGCAAGACGAAUUAAACACCACACAUUAAUCACGGAAAA